UCUGUCUCUUCAGUGUGUGUAGAGUCCAGUGUGGAGAAUUCAAGUGAAUAAGGAAGGACCAUGCCUCUGUCUAAACCAGAGAAGCUGUUAGAACAUGAGCUCAGCUGCCCUAUCUGCCUGCAGCUCUACACGGAUCCCGUGUAUCUGCCCUGUGGCCAUAACUACUGCCUGGCCUGCAUUCAGAAGGCUACAGAUGUCAGCGGUGGAGAGAAGAGCCUGCCUCAAUGCCCUGAGUGCAGAGAAGAGUACGGCGGUACAGAGACACUGCAAAGGAACUUCAAGCUCUGCGGCAUCAUAGAAGGCUACAGGGCCGUUGCGCCAGCAGACCACCUGAAGAGAGAGCCGCUGAAGGUGCGCUGUGACCACUGCCUGGACAUAGAGACACUGGCCAUCAAGACCUGCCUAAAGUGUGAGGUGUCCCUGUGUGCCAGGCACCUGCAGCACCACACUGAGAGGGAGUCCUUCAGGACCCAUGACUUGGUGGAGCCCCAGACUGAGCUGGGCCAGAGAGGUUGUGCCAUCCACGGACGCCUGCUGGAGUACUUCUGCGCCAGCGACAUGACCUCUCUAUGCGCCAACUGCUUCAUUGAGGGCACCCACCAGAAUCAUGAUGUCCUGACGUUCGAGGCAGCCGAGGAGGAAAUGAGGCGGGCCCUGGAGAUUCAGAGCAAGGCGGUGGCCAACAGGCUGCAGCUGACCGAGACCCUGCUACAGAGGGCUGCUGAGGACCAGGGCACCUCUGAGGCUGUGGGAGACAAGCUGCUGUCCAAGUCUGUGGAUUUGAUGGACAGCAUGGUCGGCCUGGUGAGCAGGUACAAGGACAGGAUGAGCCUGCUGCUGGAAAAGGAGAGAGGCCAUCAGAGGGAGAGCUGGCAGAGUGGCCUGGGGCUUCUAGAAGAACAGCAGCAGCAGCUGAUGGAGGCCCACCAGCGCACCACUGAGGCCCUCACAGAGACAGAGAAGUGUCUGUUCAUCAACAGGUUCCUGCUAAUUGAGCCCCAGCUCAGGGAGGUCGUGACGGGUACCGUGGCCAGAGUGCCCAACAAGGUCCCUCUGAACCCCAAGCGGCUCCAGGCCAGCCUGAGGAUGGAGGACUUCAGGGCAGAGAUGGCUCGGCUCCUCCAGUCUCUCCACGUCCUGCUAAACCCUCUGGAGCUGACCUUUAACCUCAGCACAGCCCACACCAGCCUGCUGCUCUCCAACGACCUGCAGACAGUCAAAUACAGCGGUACCAAGCAGGCCUACGCUGAUAACCCAGAGAGGUUCAGUACCGCACCCCAGGUCCUGUGCUCCCAGGGCUUCACCAGUGGGGAGCACAUCUGGGUGGUGGAGGUGGGCGACCAGAGCAUGUGGUCAGUGGGCUUGUGCUACAAGAGCAUGCCCAGGAGGGGUGACCACAGCCGGCUUGGGCAUAACCCGGCCUCCUGGCGUUUGCAGUGGAAGAACAAGAAGCUGACGGCGUGCCAUGCCUCCUCAAACGUGGCGCUGGCGGAGAUGGCCAAUCAGCCACUGAGGGUGGAGGUGGCUCUGGACUAUGAGGGGGGAACACUGAUCUUCCACAGCACCAAGGACCGUCGGGAACAUCUGCACACGUUCAGGGCUGUGUUCAGAGAGGCUGUGUACCCUGCGUUCAGCAUCCUCUCCACCAGAGAACAGUCCUGGAUCACGCUACAGAGUGGAGUGUAACCCUCCCUCAGCCUACCACUUAGUCCACCUGGGCUUGACAUACAGAGUGGAGUGUAACCCUCCCUCAGCCACUUAGUCCACCUGAGUUUGAAAUGCCUUUGCUUCUGACUAACCAAAGAAAUACCUUACUGAUUAUUAUGAUUAUUACGGAUAAAUAUAUGGGUAAAAUGGGUAAAUCUACAUCUCUGUUUGAAAACAUCUAUGAAUAUUCAAAAAUGUGUUCCAUGCUAGUCCUUUAGUUGCUCCUUUUUGUUGCACAGUACAUCAUCAGUCAUGGUCAGUAUAGAUGUAUCUUGUUAUUCACAAUGAAAGGAAUGCCAGCUUCUGAUUGAGUUUGGUGCAUGGCUAGAUUCAGUAAAUAGCCAUAUCUAUGUGGUGUUAUGCUAUUUAGGUGUUUUAGAGCUGAUAUAGUGCAAAAAUAAUCUGCCAUAGUACAUGUGAAUAUCAGCUACUUUAUUUUCAAAUUUGACAGUUGUUGACAACAUGUCAAGAAAUGUGUGCGUUGUAAUUUUAUUUGAAAAUCAGUCCACUUUGGAAUCAUAAUGUACAGAAUAAACAGUUAUAUUGCUAUUGUGCUUUGCUGAUUUGUCUUUGAUUCAAGGCUUGUAUUGCUGAAUCUGCACAGUCCUUCGUUUGUUGUCAAAAUUCCAUGUCUUUGCAUCCUACAUGCACACAAACUUGUGCAUUGGCCCAACAACCUACUAUCAGGAGCUAAUACUAUGAAAGAUUUAACCUGUAUAAAUAAAAAUGAGCAACAGGAUGUAGGUCCACAGUUCAUUUUAGUUUAAGGCAAUGUUCUGUUGUAACCAGACACCAAAGAUCAUUUUUGGCAAAAGCUCUAAAACUAUGCAAAUGGUAUUCUCCAUCACUAAAUACAUUUUUAUUGAUGUAGUGGUAUUGUGUUCAAAUUAUUGUUGAUGCACUGUCUAUUUAAGCAGAUUAUAUUUGUGUACCUGUUUUUCAUAUCACUACUGUAAGUCAAAUAAAUCACAGUGUGUGCUUAUUUCAUGA